GAGCCUUACAUCAAGACAAUAAUCCUUGAGGUGGAUAUUAUCCAUAUUUUAAGUUUCAAGUUCUUCAUUUUUGAAAAUUUGGAAUCUGGAUUUUGAAGAAACCGACAAAUCCUUCCUCCGUGAUUAUUAAGGUUUGGUAAAUGUUCAUCUCAGAUUUGUUGUGGAUUUAAAGACUACUUUUGAUCUAAUUGGUUACAAACAUCAGAAACUGUGGCACCAUUUUAAACUUUCUUCCUUUAGAUUUUAUUGUCUAAUACUCUUUGGAACUGGAUAUUCAUCAUUGACCCAAAGUUCUGCACUUGGCUGAUGCUGCAAACUGAGAUUAAUAAUUUUUUUUAAACAUUUUUUUUUUGUUUCUUAAUAUGUCCAGAGUCUACUUUUAGCUUUGCCUGGGACUCACAGAAAGUUUUAAACUGAAUCAAUUGAGUCAAACUUAUCCUGGGAACCUGGGGAGUAUUUAUUCUGGAUUAAAUUCCAUAAUUUGGUAAAAGGUUCUUCAUGGCUCAGUUCAGCUCCUGCCACCCUGCAGACCUGUCAAACCGAGCCAUUGUCUACAGCCCAGUAGCCAUCUGUUCAGACCAGGAUACCCAGAACGAUAGAAAGAGUGAGGAGACAGUGGGGGGAGAUGAAGAGGUGGAACUAGCAGAGGAGGUAGGGGAAGAUGUCUUGAUCUUAGCUGUGGUAGGACAAGAGCAUGCUGAUGGCAUGAAAUCCAGAGAGCAAAGUGAAACUGAGGCCAUAAGGAGAAGUGAACUGGCUUCAUUACAACAUGGGGUAACAAGACAACCCGAGGAAGGAGAGGAACAUGUAAAUGAUGAAACUAAAGUGGGGGGCGAAGAUCAGGAAAAUUUGGAUGAACACACAACAUACAAAAAAUAUGAGAUCAUCUGUGAUACACCAGGUUCUUCUCCUGCAUCAGCAGAGGAUAAGAAAGUUAAUCACCAAAUAUUGGGGACCAAUGAAGUCCACAAAGAGAAGAGAGGGGCUGAAAUCCAAAAUCUAAAUGAAGCAAAAGAAAGUAUGGAAACAGAUCCAAUAGUGGAAAGAAAAGAAGACAAUGUUGGCUGUCUUGAUUCAUGUCUGAGGCAAUCAGGAGAUGGGACAAAAUGUUUUGUUAGGAAAACUACAGAAAACAGAAUCCAGUAUCCCAGUCAAGCAGCAACAGACAAAACCAAAGUUAUCCCUGCAAUGAAUAAAAAUGUCAGUACUCAAGGUGAUCCAUGCCAAAGCAAUGACUGCAUACAUGUCAACACACUGGACCAAACUGAAGAAAAAGCCUUUGUAAACAACCAGCUCAUAACUAACAAUCAAGAUGAGGUGAAAAACACAGAGAGAAACAACAGCUCAGAUUUCAUCUCAAACAUGUUUGCGGUGGAAAACGAUGAGUGUACAGAAAAGAAGCAGACCAAGGAUGUGGAGGUCAAGGAGAAAAGGAAAAACACAAAUAUUGUUUCUGCAUCUUAUGAACACCAUUCUGAUGAGGGGUCAAAGUUAGGAAGUGAAGCAUAUCAGGAGACAGAACCGGGAACACCAUUCACUGUAACAUUUGAAAAACAGCCACUGUCAGAGAGUAGGGAUGAGGAAAGGAUAACAGUAGCCAGAUUCAGCCAGAAAAAACAACAGAGUGGGGCUGAUACUGUGAAGGAUGAGGAAGAUGAGAGAAAGACAUGCCAGGAUGUUAUUACAGAGGUAGUAUUUGAGGAGGAAGAUAAAGGAAGAGGUCUUCCUGAAAGGCAAAACAAAAUGUUUUCCCAGCUUGAAAGCCUGCCUGCUGAGGUUCCUCUAGAACCGGUUGUGCAGCAUGUAGAGAGUGAGCCUGUAGAUGGACACCAAGAUAAGGGUUUUGAUAAGGAGAAGGAAGCAUCUGAAAUAAACACAAAAGCAGAAGUCCCAUUAAAAGAAAAUACAUCUACAACAGAUAAAAGAGGCAGAAUGCAGGAGCAUCCUGUGCAAGAUCACAAAAAGUCAGAAAUAGAUCAGGUGGACAGGCUAGGACAUCAGGAACACAGGCAACUUGAUGAAGAUAAGAAAGAGAUUGAACAGGAAAAUGCAAUUGAAGAAGAGAUGGAGAUGGGAGAGGAACCUGUCACUGUUUUAGAUGAUUACAUUAUAGAGACAAAUGAAAUACCAAGCAGUCAACUUGCAAGAUUGCCUUUUGGUGCUACAACAGAGGAUGGGGAGAAUAAAAAACUCCAAAAAGAUAUGAUGGGAGCUGGAAGAGAAAAGGAAGAAGAAAAAAAGAAACAAGUCAAAGAAGAAGAAAAGCAUACAAAACAAGUUAUCACAGACAAAGAUGAUGAGGAGACAUUAAAUGACAAAGAGAAGAAUGAUAAUCAGAUUGUAGACGACAAACAGAAAGACUCAGAAAUAAAUAGAGAAGUUAAAGGAUUGAAGCCAGCAGAAGACAACGGGACUGUGGUUGUAGAACCAGAACCACUGUGGAAAGAAUUGGGGAGGUCAAAACCGCUGUCAACCAUGAGAAAAGAUGAUGACUGGAUUAAAAGAGACCAACAAGGUGAAGCAUUAGGAGAGGAGUUGAAGACCUGGAGAAAAGAACUGAGGCCUUUAAGAAAAAACAUCUGGGAGAAUGAAAUGAGAGGCCAAGAAUGGAGUAUGAAAGAAAAAGUGCCAGAACAGAAAUGUUCACUGAAGAAGGAGGACUGGAUAAAAGAGUUGAAGUCAGUGAUCAAAGACGAAUCCCAGCCCAACAAAAAGGAUGACCAAGUAAAGAAGAAGCGAGUGGUGCUAUUGGAGGAAGGCCAUUCAUAUAUACCACAACGGGAGGAGAUGAUCCCAGUACAGAGGGAGGAAGUCGGGCUAAUCUUCCACAGGAAGGUGGAGAGCCCAGUACAUCCUGAAUACAGGAACAGCGGAACACUUCAAGACCAAGAUCCUGAAAUCUCUCUCUUUGUGAAGGCAGGAAGUGACGGAGAGAGCAUCGGAAACUGUCCUUUUUCUCAGAGAAUCUUCAUGAUCCUAUUGCUGAAAGGAGUCAUCUUUACCGUGACCACAGUGGAUGUCAAGAGAAAGCCGGUGAACCUACAGAACCUCGCUCCAGGGAUCAAUCCUCCUUUCAUGACAUUUAAUGGCAAAGUCAAGGUUGAUGUUAACAAGAUAGAGGAGUUUCUGGAGGAGAAAUUGGCUCCUCCACGGUACCCAAGACUAGCUCCCAAACAUCUUGAAGCCAACACAGCAGGAAUUGAUAUCUUUGCAAAGUUUUCUGCUUACAUCAAAAACUCAAGAGGAGAAGCACAUGAUGCCUUAGAGAAAGUCUUGCUAAAGUCUCUCCAUCAUCUUGAUGACUUCUUGAGGACUCCCCUGUCUGAGGAGAUUGAUGCUGAUGCUGAUGGAGACCUGCCUGAGUCAUCCAGGAGUUUCCUGGAUGGGCCUGAACUCACCCUUGCAGACUGUAACCUGCUUCCUAAGCUGCACAUUCUAAAGGUUGUAGUGAAGAAGUAUCGUGGUUUUGAGAUCCCUGCAGAAAUGACUGGUGUGUGGAGAUAUUUGACCUGCGCCUACCAAAGGAAAGAGUUCACCAGCACCUGCCCUGCAGAAAAGGAGAUCAAGUUUGCCUAUAUGGACGUUGCAAAACUAAUCAAAUAAAAGCAGGACCAGGGAAACAUGGAAGGAGUUGGUUUGAAGAAAUAAACUGCCUGAUUAAAGAAAAUUUAAAGUUUUAUCUUUAUAGAGGGAAAAGAUAACCUGAAAAAUUCAAAAUCCAAGUUUUACAAUUAGCUAGUUUGAAAGUUUAGAGCCAACAUGAAGGGAGAGUCAAAAUAUAACCAAGCAUGAUCUGAUAUAAAUUUAUAGCUUUUAUAUAAAGACAGAGAUUUACUAAAAACACAGAUUAUUUUGUCUUUGUGCACUCACCGGUUGGGCUGCAUCUUUAUGGAGCAUGUUUCUUUAUUUUCUUAUGAUGGCAGAGCCAGGUUUACUGCAAAAAUCACUGCUUGAGAUAUAACUUACAACAAAAAUAAAUAUCACAAACAAUUAAAUGAGACAUGUUAUACUGUGAUCACAAGUCAAGGCCUUGGUUUUUAAACAUCCGGUGUCCUUAUUUCUUUCCUUCACAGUUUCUCAGUUUGUUUUCUGACUGGGAGCAACAGUACCAUGUGUAUUCAUAUUCUUUAGUGUAAUAGUAAGUGGCAGUUGCUACUAUUUUUCUUACUGUGCGCUUCUCUUAUGCCACCAAACCAACAUCUCAUAAAAAUGUUUAAACUAAGAUUAAGAACUUUUUUAGAAUUUUAUGGUGAACAUCAAACCAUACCAAGUUUUUCAAAAAUAUAAAGACUUUACUGUCCUAUUUAAAUGACUUGAAAUUGUCUGAGACAGCAGGCAACAAACAUCCUCUUAUGAAUUAUAGCAUGAUAUUUAUUAGCUGGCCUCAAGCAGAUGGAACUACAGUAAGUGAAUUAUAAAAUAUAAGGUACAAAAUGGUGAAGAGGGACAGGCUUCAUAAAGUGUCAAACUGACAGGUGUAUAACAUCUCUGCCUGCUGGUCAGAAACAAUUAAAACUCUGUAAUGCGUAUCUACUUUGUGUAUUGUACAAUUAGAGCCAGCUUUGUUUACAACUGGUGAUGAAAUUACAGGCAAAUGCUACAGAUUUUGCAGCUGAUCUUGUCAAUAAAAAUCCAUUUUAUUUAA